AUGGAGCGUAUCUUUCAGGUUAUGGAGUGUAUUGCCAACACGAAGCUUCUAUAUGCUGUGUAUAUGUUACAGGGAGACACAUCAGACUGGUGGAACAAUGUCAGGAACCCGCUUGAGUGCCAAGGGCAUACUAUUACUUGGCCACUCUUUGAGAGACAUUUUCUGAUUAAGUAUUUCCCGGAGGAAGAUAGGGAAAAGAAAAGAAGCGAGAUUGAAGACCUCAGGCAGGGAUGCAUGACAGUGGAUGAAUAUCUGAGCAAAUACAACCGCUUGGAAAAAUAUUCUUGUUAUGGUAGAGCUCCCCUCACUCCAAAAGACAAGGCCUAUAGAUUCAAGAAGGGCUUGAAUGAAAUGAUUGCAGAAAAGCUGGCUGGUCAUUGUACCAGAGACUUUGUGGCAAUGAUUAAGCAAUGUCAGGACAUACAGAAGUACUAUUCCCAUUAA